AUGCUCAGAGUGAAGCCAUGCGGGACGCGGCCAUUUACUGUAGGAUGUCUCAGGCCUCCGCCAGCUGCACAGGCCAAGACCUAUACUCUGCAGAGACGUGAUGACUUCGGCUCUGGCGUCCAUGACAACCACCAAACGGAGUCCCGCGAGGCCACGCCCCCAAACCUGUAUGCAGACGGAGCAGAGCAGAAGUGUCCUUUUUAA